ACAGAGGAAGUAAACAGUAAUCACGUUACAACCCGGAAGAAUUGCCCUUCUCUGAAAAACAUUUGAAUAGCAAAGAAUGACCACUGUAUCUGAGGAAGAACCGAUUAACGACAGGGCUGCAGAGGUCUUCCAGUUGCUGGUGGUCAUAUUUGUGUCCUAAUCUGUGGACUGAAGGUGGAGGCGGCAACGCCCUGAUGCCCUCGGAGAACAAUCCCCCCUCUCUGUUUACAACCAGUCGGCUGGGAGAAACUGGUUCCCCGCAGUGGGUCGUUAGCUAAACGGUUCUGCCGUGAGUGUCGUUUAGAAGGGGGUGAAAAAAUGGCUGAACUGCAUGUCGUGGAGCCGAGUGGAACAGCGACCAUAGAGCAGCCCGAACAUCGCGACGUUCGGGGUUCGAUGCGUCUGGCGUCGCCCACUCUCUUGCUUCCUCCGCGGAGCAGCAGCCAGCUUAGCCCCGGCGGAGGAGGAGGCAGCAGCGGCAGGUCGGUGUUCGGUUUUCCGCUGAAGAGCAACCCAAGCUCGCCGUCCGAACCGUUAGACAAGCCGGGCUCACGGUGGGUUCGGCUUAAUGUUGGCGGGACCUACUUCAUCACCACCAAACAGACAUUAUGUAGGGAUCCAAAGUCUUUCUUGUUCCGACUGUGUCAAGAAGAUCCUGACCUGGAUUCUGAUAAAGACGAGACCGGAGCCUACCUUAUCGACAGGGACCCCACAUACUUCGGCCCCAUCCUGAAUUACCUUCGACACGGAAAGCUGAUCAUGGAUAAGAACCUGGCUGAGGAAGGCGUUCUCGAAGAAGCCGAGUUCUACAACAUCGCCUCCCUGGUGAGGCUGGUGAAAGAGCGAAUACGGGACAACGAGAACCGAACAUCUCAGGGCCCUGUGAAGCACGUGUAUCGAGUACUGCAGUGCCAGGAGGAGGAACUCACACAGAUGGUCUCCACCAUGUCGGACGGUUGGAAAUUUGAGCAGCUCAUCAGCAUUGGCUCCUCCUACAACUAUGGGAACGAGGACCAGGCAGAGUUUCUGUGCGUCGUUUCCCGGGAACUCAACAACUCAACGAAUGGCAUCGUUAUCGAGCCCACAGAGAAAGCCAAGAUCCUUCAAGAGCGAGGCUCCCGGAUGUGAGGAGCCGGCGAGUCGGAGCGGAACCACAGCAUCAUCAAAAACAUGAGCGCACAGUCCAGUUAUCAUCGAUCAGCCAGCUGCCCCCUCCUCCAGCGUGCCUUUCCACCGCGGAGGCUCCCUGACGCCUCCUCGUCUUUAGCGUUGCAAGGCGAUCCCGGCUUCUCGCCUCGUAUCUUCUCCGUUUUAAAGACACGACAAGUGAGGCGAUUCUCCUCUUUGGCUGCGACAUUGAAGUUUUGUUAAUCUUACUGGAUGGAUGCACAGAAUAAAUCCUCUUUUCCUUUAGCGGCUUUUAUCAGAUCUGGGAUGUUCGCUGGGAUGUGUCACAAAUUUGGAUCAAUUCAGCAGAAACUCCUCAGGACCCGAGCAUAAAGGAAUUAAAAGGACUCCAUUUUUUUUAAAACCCUGGCUGCAAACGGAGCCUUGAUGCCGCAGAUGUGCUCGUUACUUCUAGAGACGGAGCCUAAUAGGCGCAGCAUCUUCUCCUCUCAUUAAAGGCUCACAGAGAAAAAGGAAGAGACCCUUUUUUUAUUAUUAUUUAUUUUUUCCGUUUCCUGUAUGCGGCUCAUUUUGAUCUGUGAAAAUUUUGAAUAUUUCCACGCAAAAGAAAGCAGCUGACUCAAAACAGACCAUUACUCCACUAGUGCACAAAUGUGUCCAGGCAUGUAAGAAAUCUAUAUUAAAACCUAUAUAGUCGUCAAGAUGAAAAUAUAUGAAAUUUUGAAUGCAAAUGGUGUAAUUACUGAUUUCUGUAUCAUAGCUGUCCUAUAUUUACGUAUUCUUGUGGGUGAGUUUAUUUAAACAAGGGGGGGAAAAAAUAUCAGUUUUGUUACCAGACUUAGCGCCCAUUAGAGUGUGAGUUUGUGUGUGCAGUGCCUCUCUGCUUUUUGCCCAUCACUGAAAUAUCACACUUUUCACCUGCACGUUUUCUGUAGUGUACCUGAAAAGAAAAAGGAAACAAAAAAAAGUUGUUUUACAGCUCAUAUAUAUCCUACUUUGAUCUAUUGCAUAUCUUAAAAUUGUAAUUAGGGAUGAAGAAACCUUUCGCUUGUUGCCGUCUGAGCAUAAAAGCGUGGCAAGGGUCGAAUCGUGGCCAGUCUGUAAUCUGCCUCAACACAUUCGCCGCGUCUUGUGUGUACUACUCAGCUUUGCAGCCAAACGUCGUCUCGAAGUCUGCAGCAUGUGUAGCAACCGCGGCGCGAGCAAACUGUCCUGCUCGCACUUUAACCCUGAGCCUGCAUCAAUGCAGGAACCUUGCAGUUUGUAAGAGAACCUCUCAAAGUAGAAGUGUUCUGACUUUUAUCCUCUUCAAAUCAAACGCUACUUUUUUACCAGCUCUUUAGCUUUUUUUUGUUGUUGCCAGCAACUUGGAUGCGGCAGGUUUUUUCUUGAAAUAUACAGUUUCAUCUUAUUAAAUUAGAAUAUAGUUGAAAAGUUUAUAUAUCGAUUUAUUCUACUAAGAGGGAUAUAUUUCAAGUGUUGAUCUCUGCUCGUUCAUUUUGAUAAAAGUGACUUUUAGCCAAAGGAGACCUAAAAAUUCAGCUUUUCAGAAAAUUCGAAUAUUACAUAAGACCACCAAAAAUAGUGCACAGUUGUUAUCAUGAUGAAGACCGGUAACUUAAGUUGUCCAGAAGACGCUCGUCAACACUUUCCAUGAAGAAAUUAAGUCACAAAGCUCAUUGUUCGCAGAAACCUGUAGCCAAGAAUAUUGAUGGAAAGAUGAUUGAAAGAAACAAAUAUUAGUAAGCAUUAAUUUAAAAAAAGUAACAGAAAAAAAAGCUUUAAAUAUAUUAUUGAUGUACAAGGAAUCUAGUUAAUGCGAGUGUCACUUUUUGGAUUCAAAUAUCAAUGUAUUAAUUUAGUUGAGAUAACUUAGAAAUAUAGUUUUAUGAUUCAUGCCAACCAUUAGAACCCAAACUAUUCUUUUUAACUGAAAGAAAAUGCAGGAAACAAAGUUUUCUGAUUUUUUUUUUUUUUCUAUUUUUGUUUUAAAAUUUUCUACUUGAUGCAUGACCAUAACAAGUAAUUUAAAACAUUGGCCCGGUCCGCCUCGCUAACAGGUAUCAGAUUCUUUUGGUUCUAUAACCUUAAGAAAAAUAACCACAGUAUCACUAUAUGUGCAAACAAAAAAAGUAGAAGCAAACAUGUAUUAAUAGUUCUAGUUGCUUUUAUAAAAAAAAAGAAAAGUAAUAUUUAUGCUUACUGCUGCUAACAUGCUGACGUUGAUUAUCAUGGUGUACAAAAUGUAUAAUGUUUGAUUAUUUCGACUUUGGAGCAAAGACUUGGGCCAAAUUAACAGUACGUUUCAAGUAAAUGUGCAGAAUAUCAAACCUUCCUGCUGUUCUGGUCAAGGGAAACACCAACUUAAUAUCAUAAAACAGCAACAGGUGGGGUGGGGGCGUGCUAUGCUCCUUACAGCUGGAGAAAUCUCUGCUUACCUCGGCACUUUUUUUAGACUGUAAAAACGACAUGGUGGAAUAUUUACACGUGUUUGAAAUCGUAACUUUUUAAAACCUCAGCAUAUCUUCAUAACGGGAAACCCUGCUCCCUAAAACAGCAUCACAUUUAUUUUGUAACACUUUUCAGCUUGAUACAUUUUAUUUUCAUAUAGUACACUAAAAGCAUAUUUAUAUUUUAAUUAUUUCUCCUGGAGGUUCCGCUAUUUACAUGGUAACAAAUAUAUUUUUUUAACACAGAUCAUCUAUACAACUGGAAUUCAUCGCCUUUAUGUUUCAUCCUUAAGAUAAACAUAUUUAAGGCAUUUAAAUCACGCGUGAACAAGAAUGAUGCAUCUUGAUGAGGGAAGAAAAAAAAGAAUCAGUGUUUUCAUGCUUAUCGUUAAGUUGGGACUCAGAGCCCAAACUUUGAGGCAACAUUUUCUUUCCUUCUCUUUCUUCUGUGUGUGUGUGUGUGUGUGUGUUGUGAAGCUAUAUUCUACUAACAGUAGUUAUGAGCAGACAGCCUGCAGUUGAAAAUACCCAAACAUUUCAUGAAGGAGUAUUUGGUCUCUUACUUUCGGCUGUUCCUUCCCUUCGUUUGUGUUCGGUGUUGUGCCUUUCACCAGUGUUGUGAUCAGUAGUACUCCCCUUUUAUGAGAAGGUGCCUGUCAUACCCUUAAAAAAGUCAGGAGGUUUCUACCUAACGUAUAGUGUGUGUAGUUUGUUUUUAUCUUUUAAAUGAAAAUCAUUUUGAAUAUAGGCAUUACGGCUCUCUGGCCGCAUAAAAAAAGCAUUAAAAAAAAAACUCUGUCAGUUGUGCCCCAAACAAGUUUUCUGUGUGCAUCUGCAUGUCAAGCCAAUGACGAAUGAGGACAAUUGCAAGCUUUAUCAGAAAAUGUUGUGAGAUUUUCAUGCUUUUUUUGUCAUAAGAGAAAUUUUAGAUAGAGACAAGCAUAAAAACUGUCAUAAAGAAUGGUUAAACCUGGACUGAAUCAUUCUAGCCUUUCAGACAUUUGUGAUUUCAUAUUUACUUUAUGAAACCAAUUUGGGAAAACUGAUAAAAUCCCACAAAUGAUUAAGAUGAUCCCUUGGAUUGUUUUAAGCUGGCAUUAGCGACUGCUUCCUUUGGGACUGACUGAUUUUGAGCUACGUCACCCAACUUUCAGUUGCACUUUGCCCCUUUCUGGUAUAAACAUUUCUACUGAUUAGUUGGAAUUAUUUUAUAUGCAAAGUUAUUUAAUGGGUGUACUUACAACACAUUCGUUUUACAAAGAAAGUUCUCUUCUUCUGCUUGUAUCUUAGUAAAACGUCAGCAGGGCACUUUUUACACAUUUAGCUCCAUGUUUAGGAAGUUUUUAAAAUGGAAGUGUCUCAAAGAGAUUUUUGUGAAAGAUUCUAAUUAUAGCCUCCCAGAGUUAGCAUGACGGAAACCUUCUUUAAAAUAGGAUUUUUUAAUAAGCUAUCUUAGUAGUCAAUGUUAAUUUAAGAUAAUCAAUUAAAUUACUAUUUAGAAAGCAUAUAUUACUGUUGACUGUCAAAAGGUUGUCUCAGAUAAUGCUAAUAAAACAUGGUAAUUCUUUGAGCCAGUUGGGGUCAGUUGUGUGACUUUUUUAUUUUACUUUUUUAGCUGUGACUUUUAAGAUCAAGCUUGUGCAUAGUGCAAAUAAAUGUGUUCCCAAAGUCAGUCUGUUUAAGCAAAUUUGGCAAACGCUUUUUUAAAAUAAGUAAAAAUUCAGGGAUCUUUGUGAAUUGAUGUUAGCAGCGUUAAUGCUUAUCGUCAUUUCUCACAGUUAGCCUGAACAAAAAACAUUUAAAACAAAUUUUUUUAGAAAUGUUGCUGGCAAUUUUAGUAUUGAGACAAAUUGAAUUUGAAAUGGCAAAAAUAUGCUGUCACUAUACAACCUGACAUUUAGCAUAAAGCCAUUUUUAUAUGAAAGUGAUAUUGGCAUUUAGCUAAUACUAAUGCUAAUCCAGUAUUAGCUAAAUGCUAAUAGUAGACUCCAGCUAGCAAACCGUUUCAGGUAUAGAUAUUCUUUUGAGGUGGGAUGAUAAUUAGCUGUAGUUUUUAGUUGAAAGCAGUGAUGAUGCUGAUCACAGCCACAGUUUAUCUGGAAGGCUUUCAUUAAAAGCUUAGAGACAAUAUAAAAGUUUUAGAUUAAAGUCAGAUGCAACAAAGAUCCAUCCUGUGGUAUUAGGUUUUCUUUACUGCUUCAUUUUAUGGGAUCAAAUGUGUUGGGAAACACUUACCUUACUAAACUUUGCCGUGUGAUUCUCCAACUAUCUGCCUUCAGAAACACGCUGUUAAUGAGCAAAAGAUUUGAUCGUCACUUAAACUAGUUUCUAUACGAAAUGUUGUACAGUACUGCCAAAAAAAAGUAUAUGGGCACAUAAAAAGAUGAGAGCAUGCGUUGUUCAAAGGAUAAUCUUAUGUACUGAACUUCGCCUGACCUCUGUGUUGGUUCAAAGUUGAUGUGAAGCAUCAACUUCAUGGGGGGCGAAGAUGAUGGCAUGGCUCUGUGGUUUGUAAGUUGUAUAUUUCUGUGUGGAACAGUUGGUCAACAAAUAGAUAUAUUUGUGACUCAUGGACGACAUGGUUCUGUUAUUUGUUAUUUUUUUUUGUUUCUUUGUUUGUUUUGUGCCGUGUAUGUAGUUUUGAACACAUAAAUUAGCUUGCCACUCAGAG